GUUGCGGUGACAGUGUGGUCCUUGUUUUGAUGAGGCAGCUGCGGCCUGUCAAUGGAGUCAAACGGUCAGGAGAGACGAGGCCAUAACAGAUUUAUAAGGUGUUUCUUUUCCUCAGAUGACCACCGGCAGAAGAUAAAUACUAUUUUCAUAGCCAUGGUCUUGAGGGACUAGUUUUACUCCAAAUACGCGGCACCUCCGCCGCCCACCGGUCGUGUCAACGUAACGGCCUAUGCUAUGUGGGCGAGUUAGCUAACUUGCUAGCAAGUGACUUUUUCCUCAGCAGAUUACCAGUCGUGGGACUUUUUGUUUCAUUUUCGCGCCGCAUUCGAUCCUUUUCUUUCAAGAAGACGUCUUUUUGAUUUGUUUAAGCAACAAUGGCGGAACCGAGUUCAGUGGUCUCACAGCAGAAUUUGGACAGGAGCUGCUGGGUGUGCUUCGCCACAGACGAGGACGACCGCACGGCGGAGUGGGUGCGGCCGUGUCGGUGCCGUGGCUCAACCAAGUGGGUUCACCAGUCCUGCCUGCAGCGCUGGGUGGACGAGAAACAGCGAGGCAACAGCACAGCGAGGGUAGCUUGCCCACAGUGCAACGCAGAGUACCUCAUCGUCUUCCCAAAACUAGGUCCUGUCGUCUACGUCCUGGAUCUGGCCGACCGGCUCAUCUCCAAGGCCGGCCCCUUCGCCGCCGCCGGCAUCAUGGUGGGCUCCAUCUACUGGACCGCCGUCACCUACGGCGCCGUCACCGUCAUGCAGGUGGUGGGUCACAAGGAGGGCCUGGACGUCAUGGAGCGGGCCGACCCGCUCUUCCUGCUCAUCGGCCUGCCCACCAUCCCCGUCAUGCUGAUCCUGGGGAAGAUGAUCCGCUGGGAGGACUACGUCCUGCGUCUGUGGAGGAAGUACUCCAACAAGCUGCAGAUCUUCAACAGCAUCUUCCCAGGCAUCGGCUGCCCGGUGCCCCGUAUCCCCGCGGAGGCCAGCCCUCUGGCCGACCACGUGUCCGCCACGCGGAUCCUGUGCGGCGCUCUGGUCUUCCCCACCAUCGCCACCAUCGUCGGGAAGCUCAUGUUCAGCAGCGUCAACUCCAACCUACAGAGGACCAUUCUGGGAGGCAUCGCCUUUGUGGCCAUCAAAGGAGCCUUCAAGGUGUACUUCAAGCAGCAGCAGUACCUGAGGCAAGCCCACCGCAAGAUCCUCAACUUCCCCGAGCAGGAAGAGGCCUGAGGCGGCGCCCCCGGGUGGGAGGGAGGGGAAGAGCUGGCGGUGAGGAGGCAGCGCUGAUUAAAGCCGGGAAUCGGCGCCAUCAUCACUGCGUCCUCCGCUCCACGGCCCGGACCUCUCUCUAACUCCCUGAAUGAAAGCCCCAGGACUCGUGUAAUCAGAACAUUUUAUAUGAUUAUUAAUAAAAUGUCAUGUUUUAAAACCUCCCUUCGCUCCACGUCGGGCUUCACUGGCUAACGAGCAAAUAAACGGAAAAGCUUCUACACUCAGAUGUUGUCAGGAAGCAGUGAAAGAAACUCUUAAAGAUAAAAAAA